AUGGGUUGUGGAAAGAAACUUGUAGAUUCAGUUCUGUUCAUCUUCUUCUUAACCUUAACCGUGGUUGUGCCCCUCUUCGAUUCUCAAUCCGCAUUGCCAGAGAAACUAUAUCCAAAACUUCUGGUCGAUCUGAAACAUACUUACGCUAAUCAAGUUGGGGAUUAUCUUGUUUUAGACAAACCCGCUUUCUUCAUCGGACUAACCUGGAUCGAGAUUUUUGUUGUCUGGCCACUUUCCAUCAUCAAUCUCUUCGCAAUUGCUGGUGGCAAGUCCUGGUUUUCAACAACCUGUUUGAUCCAAGGGGUUACUGUCUUCACUUCAAUGGGAGCAAUAAUGGCGGAUAUGCACUAUUCAGGAAAGGUAAAUGAGAAGUUGCAGAUGGUUUACUAUCCUUUUACUGGGUUUGCCGUUUUAGCCAUUCUCCGGGGACUGUUGGCUUGCUCCGGCGACGCUGCGUCUGGCGCCGGCGGUAGAAGGAAUCUUCCUGCUAAAAAGAAGAGGGCUUGA